UGUGUAUAACUAUUCAUUUGCAGCGUAAUCGCAGACCAGAUCAGAACAGUCAAGAUGAAGCUGUUGGUACUUUGUCUGCUACCGGUCGUGCUAUGUUCACCCUUAAGUCAAGAUCAGAAGAGAUUCUUCAUUCCGGGAUUUGAUAUCAAUUCAUUAUUUGAUCUUGAUACUUUGAAAUGUGAUGUGCAGAAAUUGCUUGAUGUUGUGGGAUCGGAUCCAACUGAACAGGCGUGCGAAACCGAAUGCCAUCAUAUGUUAAACGAAGGAACUCUUCUAGACCACGGUUGCCCACUUGUUUGCCAUUCAGUGCAAAAUCUAGCGCUUUAUUUCCAUGAGACACCGAAACCAGGGGAUGCAUCUCUUCCAUGUGGCGGACUUGUAACACAGGGAACCAAAUAGGAUCGUUUCUCAUUGUAAUUGAACUUGAAUGUAAUACAAAGUCUAUAUUGGUGUCA